GUUCUUGGGUAGACCUAGGGUUUAGGGCUUUAGGCGCCAUGGGGCGUAGGAGGCCAAAGAAGGGGGCGGCGCCAGGCGUGGCGGCCCAGGAGGAGGAGGCGGAGCCCAUGGAUCUCGUGGCGCUGAAGAAGCCGAUGGAGGAAAUCCUCCCCGAGGAGCACGAGGUCGAUCCCACCAGCGCGGAUUAUUACUUCGAUUCUUAUGCGCAUUUCGGUAUUCACGAAGAAAUGCUUAAAGAUACUGUGAGAACGAAGACUUACCAGAACGUUAUUUAUGAAAAUGGAUUCCUCUUCAAGGACAAGGUAGUUCUAGAUGUCGGUGCCGGGACGGGAAUUCUCUCCUUGUUUUGUGCGAAGGGUGGAGCAAAGCAUGUCUAUGCGGUGGAAUGCUCGCUAAUGGCCAAUACCGCGAAAGAAAUCAUACAAAAGAAUGGAUAUAGUGAUGUGAUUACUGUCCUCAAAGGCAAGGUGGAAGAGAUCGAGCUCCCUGUUCAGCAAGUAGACGUGAUCAUCUCCGAAUGGAUGGGAUAUUUCCUUCUCUUCGAAAACAUGCUCGACACUGUCCUGUAUGCCCGUGACAAAUGGCUCGUGCCCGGCGGCGUGGUUCUUCCGGACAGAACAAGCUUGCACUUGACAGCGAUCGAAGACGCAGACUACAAGCACGAGAAAAUAAACUUCUGGAGCUCGGUCUAUGGAUUUGACAUGAGCUGCAUCAAGAAACAAGCGAUGCUGGAGCCUCUGGUUGACACGGUCGAGCCAAACCAGAUCGUCACACAGACGCAGCUGAUCAAGACAAUGGAUAUUAGCAACAUGACACCCGGGGAUGUGUCCUUCUCGGCUCCGUUCAAGCUCGUUGCCACCCGAAACGAUUUUAUCCAUGCGCUGGUAGCAUACUUCGACGUCUCCUUUACAAAGUGCCACAAGGUGGUGGGAUUCUCCACAGGGCCUCGUUCUCGUCCAACGCACUGGAAGCAAACCGUCUUGUAUCUGGAAGACGUGAUCACGAUUUGCGAGGGAGAGGCGCUUACCGGGAAGAUGUCGGUGGCUCCAAACGCCCGCAAUCCUCGAGACGUGGACAUUGUCGUCGAGUAUACUUUCAAUGGCAAGCGCAGCCAAGCGUCUCGGAGGCAACACUUUAGGAUGCGAUAAGCCUCCGUUGCCUUUGAUAUUGUAUUUUGCUUCCUCUUCUUUUGAACGCCAGCCACCACCUUUUCUA